AUGGCGAUGGAAAUCGUCGAGGAAUCCGAUGCACCACUUUCACCAAAAAGUCCAUUUGCCAGGAGAAACGGUAGAAGCCUCCGAAUCCAACGUCUCGUGGACUGCCAACACUUCCACUACUCAUCCGUUGAAUUGGGGCCCGUAAAAGUGGUCAUAAUUUCUAUAAGCACGGACGAAAAUGCAACCGAGCGGAUAAAAAUGCGUGUGGAAAGUGAAUCAAAUUCAUGGCUUGUCGAACGUUCUCGAGAGGAUUGGGCUGUCUUCGAUAGACAGCUGCAUCGUUGUGUAUUCGAACGAAGGCACUCACGUCUUGACGAGCUGUUUCCUCUUAUUCAUCUGGAACCGGCAAAGUUCAAGGAAGUGCUUGUCAACUAUACAGAACGAUUAUCGGAGCUCACUGGCAGUAUUAUAACGUGCUAUCCUGUUCUGAAAUUUUUAGAAAUUGAUAGCCGUGGUGGCCAUUUUGAGCCUGCCGAAGAAACUUCUAUCAACGUUCCUGCUAUCGCCGCCGCAGUAGUUACAAAAGAUUUUGAGCCAACAGAUAACUCUCAGCUGCGAUUGCGGGUCGGUGAUAUCGUCUCUAUUACGGAAAUGUCAACAGCAAAUCCAAAUGAGGAAACAUUUUGGAAAGCAAAAUUGACGAUAUCCAACCAGAAGAUUGUCGAUCCACAGAAUGCAAGACUAGGUUUCGAGGUCGGCUACUUCCCACGCGACUGCGUGAUGCUCAUUGAUGACAAACGUGUACCUAAUCCGCUAAACAAUGAACAAAAGGCGAUUCCCAGAAAUGCAAGAAGAUAUAUGACGACUAUGUUCAGAAACCGACGAAGAGAGCCAAUAUUUGGAUUGGAACUCACUGAGCUUUUCAUGAGAACAGGACGAAAAGUGCCAGUUAUAGUAGAGAGAUGUUGUGCUGCAAUUGAAGACCAGGGAAUUGUUACGGGUAUUUAUAGGCAAUGUGGAAUUCAAUCAAAUAUUCAAAGACUCAGGGCGAAAUUCGACAGCGGAGCAGAACCAGAUCUUCAUGAAUUCGGUCAACGAGACAUUUAUUCAGUGUCAUCGCUAUUGAAACAAUAUUUCCGUCAACUUCCAAAUCCUCUGUUCACUUAUCAAGCAUACCCAAAACUAAUCGAAGCAUUUGAAAAAGAUGAAAGUGUAACCGAGAAAACAGAAUCGUUGAGAUUUUUGUUGGAAUCCAUGCCGGAAGCCCAUUACAAAACAGCCAAAUUCUUGAUGGAACACUUAUCAAGACUAUGCAAAUCGAGAGCACUCACUGAUAUGACUUCAAAAAACUUGGCUAUUGUUUGGUCGCCGAAUUUAUUCCGACCGCCACCAACUCUCAACGGAGCCGAUGCUCAUCUUCUCAGUGGUCUUAAUGUGCAUACUGCAAUUUGUGACUUCUUUAUUGAGAACUCGGAGGCUCUAUUCAUCAGCGACAUUGAUGAAGGCAAUUCUUUCUUUUUUCUAUAA